CCUGAUAAUCCGGUAGUCACAUGACACUUAGGUCCAACAAAAACGACGACAAGGCGCCCGUGCCCGCCUCUGUCCAUGGAGAAACCCGGGGUGAUCUGUGUGCGGCACGAGUGCCUCAACAACAUCUUCUGCUUCUCCAUGCCUCCCGCUUGUCCAGCUUGUGGUGAGCUUCUGGCGGGAAGACGCCUGCGGGAGGCGCCGGUCAGCAUCCCCGACCCGCUUGGCAAUGGACACAAGACCACGUGCUGCCUCCUUGUAGCGCCAGCCGAUCGCAACGCUGACGGAGGCUUUGAUGGCACGUCAGAACUUCACACGGGAAUCUCCAACACUUCAGGUGUGGUGUACAACUACACCGGGAGGGGCAUACUCCGAGACCAGAGCGGCUGGCGCGCUUGCGUGAUCGUCCCACUCGUGAGACCUGACACAUUCCACCUCCUGGCCCAGUGGGACCAGUACCUGGAGCGGUUCUCACGCAGACCCCUGUGGGACCCCACCUGGCACAGUUUCUGCGAGGACACUCACAACUGCCUGACGUUCUGCGUGGAGUUUGUGAACAGCGUGUUGGCGGCGGAGGGUCUUGGCAGAGGGCCUCUGAGCAGAGAUGUCUUGACACGCACUUUGAUCGCGCCCGCUGUGAGCCGAGCCUGCAAGUACGUGGCGCUGCGCCGACACAUUCAACAUCAACGAUUCUACGUGGCCCAGAGACGGCCCACGACGGCUACGUGAUGACUUCCUUGCGUUCACAUUUGCACUUUUCAGGGAGUCGGCAUUUGCACAAGUGUGAAAUUAAAUCAUAUUACAAAGUCCA